CCCACGUGCUCUUGUCGUGGCCUUGCACUUCUUCAGUAGUCAAUAGCCGGCCGAACGACAAUUUACCCGUCAGUAUAGCACAACACGAAGCAACACAGUGCAUAGUGAUCGACCGGUGUGUUUAUGUGCAAGUACGCGACGCGUGUGUUUCGAACAAGGCCAAUGCCAACUGACUUCAAGUUAUUAUUCUAAGACAACAUGAUCAACAGGAGUUUUUAAUCUAAUGAAAAAUUACUCUGAGUUCCAAAUGAUAGUUUUUUAAUAUUAUCAAAAUUUCAUUUUUUUCUGUUUUAAUUGGGAAAUAAAGUGAUAUUUUAACGGUUCGGUUUGAUUAAGCCAUUUGUGAACAGAUUUCAUUUGCAAUAUGGAGACGUGCGUACUCAUACCGAAAGAAUUAUCGUUACAAGCCGUUCCGGUAGCUGAUAUUCAUCGAGGGUCGAAGAGAUUCAUGGAUCCAGAGAUCACAGUGAUGACCAAUGUGACUAUUCCUAGAGGCACAAUGAUCUAUCCCUUUCAAGGCACUGUGAGAAUAGAUAAAUUGGACGUAUUUCCGUUCCUAGACGAAACCGACAUAAGACACAGAUUUGGGUGCUACGACCAAGUUACUGAGGUGAACAGACUCCGAGUGCGUUAUUGUAAUUGGGUCCGGUUUUUGAAAAUCACCCAGCAUCAUUCUGAACAACAUGUCAACGUAUUGGGAACCAAAAUAAAAGGCGAGCCGAUGUACGAGGUGAUCAAAAACAUACCUGCGAACUCGGAGCUGAUCGUACACUUUCUUCCAGAGAGCCCGGAAGAAAUUUUCUUCAUGCCUGCCGUCCACUAUCUAAGAAAUACACUUUACAGGCGGACCAUGGACACUAUUCUCGAAGAUUCACCUCUGGACUUGUCUAUGUCACUAUUGUCCAGAGUGUUCAGCACGUCUUCCGCCUCAUCGGUAUCAUCGCCGCCGAGUGGUUUAGAUAUCGACGAGCGCAAAUCUCUUUCCGAUGAAUCCACCUCGGGAAAUUCACUAUCAGGAGAUACGAUCGACCACAAUAUCCAUACGAUCAGCACGACUCCGGUAAAAUCGAGACCGUUCAGAGGAGAGCGCACCUUAUUGCCGUGUGAGGUUUGUCGCAAGGCAUUUGACAGACCGUCGUUACUAAAGAGACACAUGAGGACACACACUGGUGAAAAACCUCACGUUUGUGCUGUAUGCAAUAAAGGAUUUUCCACAUCCAGUUCGUUAAAUACACACAGACGAAUACAUAGUGGUGAAAAGCCUCACCAAUGCGGUGUUUGUGGAAAACGGUUUACUGCCAGUUCCAAUCUAUACUAUCACAGAAUGACUCAUAUUAAGGAAAAACCACACAAAUGUACAUUAUGUGCAAAGUCAUUCCCAACUCCCGGCGAUCUGAAAUCUCAUAUGUACGUUCACAACGGGUCGUGGCCGUUCAAAUGUCAUAUAUGCAACCGCGGAUUCAGCAAACACACAAAUCUUAAAAACCACCUAUUUCUUCACACCGGAGACAAACCACAUGCUUGUGAACUAUGCCACAAGAAAUUCGCGCUUGCCUGCAAUCUCAGAGCACACAUGAAAACACACGAGAGUGAAACUCAAGAAGAAUGUGGUAGGUGUGGAAAGGUCUAUAUGACUUUAGAGUCGGACAAAGGUCGAGGCGCGUGCUCAGAAUGCAUGCCACCGUCUAUAAAAGCGAUAUCAAUCGGUGGUAGUGGUGGUGCAGAUGACACAUCUUAUGGUGGUCACUCGCUUCUUGACUCUGAGGAGAGUCGCAGCUCAACGGGUUCGGAUCGAGGCAUGUGAAUGUAAAUACGUAAGCCAGUGGCGGUGGUGAUGGCAUUGACGUGGGUGGUUUUUCUUUUAAUUAAAAACACGAUACAUGGUAUUUAGUAAUUUACCACUCGGUGUUCUAGCCAAUGCGACCCCCAUCCACGUCCCAAAGAAACUACAUUCAUAAUUUUAUACUUUGGAUAUUUAAAUAUAAAAUAAAAACUACGAGUGUAUGAUCUUGAGUGAUAACUUAUGGUAACUGAAAAAUUAUCAAUGAGAUUAUUUCUUUUUACAAUAUAAAAUAUUCGUGAUUAAUUUUAGUUUUAUAAUAAUGGCCAUAAAUUUAUCAUAAAAGUUAUCAAGAUAGAUUAAUUUAUAGCAAAAAUAACUUAAGUAUUCUUUCUGUAUUAUAUAAUUACUAUUGAUGUUAAGACUACUAAUUAGUCAUUUUUUUACGUGUAACUGUUUAAUUUUGGUCAAUCGACAUAUAUUAAUUUAGUUGUUAUUCUAGUCACUUAUUAAUUUUUAUCAUUUUUUUAAUUUUUUAUUUAUAAACGUGUUUAAUUUAUAAAUGUACAUAAAUAAAUCAUACAUUAAUUAAGCAAUU